AUGGAGGGACUACUUCCGUCCAAAGGGAUUCUCAAGAGCGAGGCUCUCAAAAAGUACAUCUUUGAAACGACGGCGUAUCCAAGAGAGCAUGAGCAGCUCAAGAAGUUACGAGAAGCUACUGUCCUCAAGUAUGGCAAUUUAAGCGAGAUGGAAGUACCCGUAGAUGAGGGGCUUUUCCUAUCGAUGCUUAUAAAGAUGACAAAUGCCAAGAAUACGCUAGAGCUCGGCGUUUUCACGGGUUAUUCGCUUCUCACAACGGCCCUCGCAUUACCUGAGGAUGGUCGUAUUACUGCAAUAGACAUUGAUAAAGAAGCCUAUGAGGUGGGUCUAGAGUUCAUCAAGAAUGCAGGUGUUGAUCACAAAAUCAAUUUCAUCCAAUCUGAUGUUCUUCAGGCCUUAGACAAGAUGUUGAGUGAGGAGCAAAAACCGGAGUUUGAUUUUGCAUUUGUUGACGCUGAUAAACCAAACUACGCCAACGUGCACGAGAAACUAAUGAAGCUGGUAAAGGUUGGUGGAAUUAUAGCGUUUGAUAACACAUUGUGGUUUGGGUUUGUGGCAGAGGAAGAAGAAAGCGUGCCAGAGCACAUGAGGAGGAACAGAAAAGCUCUUAUGGACUUGAACAAGAAGCUCGCUUCUGAUCCUCGAGUCGAGCUCUCUCAAGUCUCCAUUGGUGAUGGUGUCACGCUCUGCAGACGCCUUGUAUGA